UCGCGCGGCCUCCAGGGUCCCCCCCUCGUGGCCGGCGCCGCUCCUGGGUCCCAGCGCCCGCCCUUUCCCCCCCCCCCCCCUUUCCCCUUCCUCUUCCUCCUUCCUCUUCCUCCUCAGGGCCCCCCCCAUGCAGGUCUCCAUCGCCUGCACCGAGCAGAGCCUGCGGGGGGGUGGGGCGGGAAGCGGGGGGGGGGGGGGGGGCAGGAGGAGGAGGAGGAGGAGGGGGACCCCCCCGAGGGGGAGGGAAAGGGGGGCAGCAAAGGGGAGGGGGGGGAGGAGGAAGGGGAGGGGGGGGCGAUGGAGGGAGGGGGGGUGCAGCGGAGGCUCCAAGGAGGGACUCCCCCGGAGCGGCCCCGGGGCCUGGAAUGAAGUACCGGACAUUGGGCCGGUCCGGGCUGCGGGUCUCGUGCCUCGGGCUGGGCACCCGGGGGACAUUUGGGGAGGGGAUCUCUGAUGAGGUGCUGACCGCGGCCUAUGACAGCGGCAUCACCCUCUUCGACGUCACCGAGGCCUCGGGAAGGGCUGAGAAGCUGCUGGGCAACGUCCUGAAGAGCAAAGGAUGGAGACGCUCCAGUUAUGUCAUCACGACGAGGGUCUUCUGGGGGGGGCAUGCUGACCGGAGCCUCUCACGGAAGCAAGUCCUGGAGGGCCUCUGUGGGUCGCUCCAGCGGCUGCAGCUCGACUAUGUUGACGUCAUCUUCGCCGGGCCCCGCCCAGGCCCCGCCCACACCGAAGGGCUUGACCCGACCCUGCGCCUCCUGCGGCUGGAAGAGCUGGUGCGCGUCAUGAGUGACGUCAUCGACCGGGGACUGGCUCUGUACUGGGGCACGGCGGGGGGCGCGCCUGGUGACGUCAUGGACACGUUCGCUGUUGCCCGUCAGUUCAACCUGGUGGCCCCCGUGUGCCAGUGGGCGGAGCUUCUGCCGGAGCCCCGCCUCUUCCGGCAGCUCGGCCUGGGUGCUGUCACUUGGUCCCCGGUGGCCCCUGGCCCUGCCCUAGAGGAGGAGCCGCUGCCCCAUGGGCGCCCCAUAGGCAAGGCUAUAGGGCGCAGGCAGCCACUGAAGGUUGGGGACCUGCAGCAAUUGGCCCAACGCUCGGGCUGCUCCGUGUCCCAGUUGGGCAUUGCCUGGUCCCUGCGGGCCGAGGGCGUCAGCUCGGUGCUGGUGGGGGCUGAGACCCCCCAAAUGUUGCAGGAGCAGCUCCAGGCCCUGCAGGUCCUGCCCAACCUCAGCCCCGCGACCCUACAGGAGCUCGACACCCUGCUGGGGGGGGCGGUGCCGCCGUAGGCCCCGCCCCUCGCCUCCCAUUGGCUGCCUCCCGCAUGAGCCCCGCCCCUCCCUCUCCAAGCCCCGCCUCUGUCCCCGCCCCUCCAGCCAAUGGGGAGGCCACAUUCCCGAGGGGAGGCAUGGCCAUGUCAAUCGAGAGCAAUAACCCCGCCCGCCGCCGCAAGGGGGCGGGGCCUUCUAAGCACAAACCCCGCCCCCUUUUUGGUCCCGACCAAUCGCAGCGCUUCCAGUGGAGGGGGGCGGGGCCUCGUCUUGCUCCGCCCCUUUUCCCUCCUCCCUUCCCUCCCCCCUUUCCUCAAUGGGGGGGGGCAAUAAAGUGGCUUUUCCCACAUGGGG